AUGGCAUCUUUGCGCGAAUUGUGCAAGAUCGAGCGGGGGUACAUGGACUCCAUGGCCAACGUGGAAGCUUUCGUUGCAAAUUUCAAUGCACAACGUGACACGGCCAAGAUUGCUUCACGCUUGGAGCAUUUGGAAACGCUUUUCAAGGAGUUUCGGAAUAAUCGUGCUAAAAUUGAAACGAGACAGGAGCAAGAUUUGAAAUUGUCCGCUGGGGAAGGCAAGGAGGAGGAGCUUAAGAAGGACGUAGAAGCUGAUAACAAGAAAACUCGUCUGGAUUUUGAGGACAGGUACUUCGAUGUGAAGGAUUUUCUUACGUCGCACCGGGGCACUCCGACAGCUGCAGCUUCUUCCGCUCCGCCCGGCCACAUUCCUAACUCCCGAGUCCAUCUCCCUGUAUUCAAAAUCCCUUCGUUUGACGGCUGUGUGAAAGAUUGGUUGAGUUUUCGUGAUGCUUUCCAGAGCAUGAUCGGUAAAGAUGCUUCGCUUUCGCCGGUCGAUAAGUUCCAUUAUCUUCUCUCCGUGCUCACCAAAGAAGCCCGGACGUUGGUGGAAUCCAUUGAAGUAACGGCGGCCAACUUCGAUGUCGCGUGGCAGAUGCUCGAACAACGGUUCGAGAACAAAAAGAUCAUCGCUCGAGCACUGAUGGACAGUUUCCUGAAUGCCGAACCCAUCAAGCGGGAAUCGUACGACGCUCUAGUUGGUCUCAUCGACUCGUACGAGCGGAAUCUUCUACAGCUGCGUAAAAUUGGACUGAAGACAGACGGGUGGACUCAUUUGCUUGCGCAUAUUCUGUAUACACGUCUCGAUAUUGACACACAACGGCAUUGGGAGCGUGCUCACAACUCUCGUGAAGCACCAAAGUACGAGGACUUGUUACAGUUUCUUCGGGAUCACCUCGCAACUCUACAACCCCUGGCAUCCAUGAAAACCCGGGAUUCGGACUCUCGUCAAGAUCAUGGGAAAUCGACGGCCAAAUCCAAGGUCGGUUCGACUCUCACAACUACCACGACUCAGAAAAAAGUUUGUCCACACUGUCAGAAAUCCUCUCACUCACCUUUCAAAUGCGAAUCCUUUAUCAAUAUGAAUCCUUCCCAACGGCUUGAAUCAGUCAGGAAAGCUGGUUUGUGCCUAAAUUGUCUUUCCUCUUCCCACUUGGUCAGGGCUUGUCCUAGCUCAGCUUGUCGUGCCUGCGGUCAAAAGCACCAUACAAUGCUGCAUUUGCGCCCAGCAAGCAACGGACAAGAUCACUCGCAAUCGCAACCAACGAAACCCGCUAUUCCACAAAGUCAGCCCGCAAUCGCACCUUUGAACAAUUCCUCCGCUUCGCAAUCGCAAACAGUUACCACCGCACCCUCCGCUGGCCCAUCCACCUCUCGUCCAGUCGCUCUUCCUGCCACUACUACUGCCGAUAGUAGCGUGAUUCUUCUCUCGACUGCUGUCGUCAAGAUAGCUGACUACAACGGAAAUGUCCAGUUCGCUCGCGCCCUCCUUGAUUGCUGCUCCGAACGAAAUCUGAUGAGUGAACAUUUGGCGCAGAAAUUGGAUCUACGUCGGCGGAACGACUCGUUGUCUCUCCAAGGUGUGGGUCCCAGUGCUGCUGUGUCGAGGCAAUCGAUCCACAUUUUGCCGGAGUUUAAGCCGAUUUUACCGUCAAACCGAUUGUCGGUAGCCUCCUGGAAGAUUCCUCCAUCCGUACAACUUGCUGAUCCUCGCUUCUUUGAGCCGAAUCGCAUCGAUGCUAUCAUCGGAGCCGAAGUGUACUAUCGUCUACUGCUAGAAGGUUUCGUCGACCUCGGACCGGAACUACCCCAGUUGAAGGAAACGGUUUUUGGGUGGAUAGUAUCCGGAAAGGUGAAUACGGUGGACUCGAGCCUGUCUGCCACCACGCUAGUCUGCAGCAACGCUGAGUUGGAAAAUCAGCUUGCUCGCUUCUGGGAAGUUGAGUCGUGCAAUACCAACGAGACCUUCUCAACGGAAGAAUGGAAAUGCGAAACCCAUUUUGCCGCCACCACGGUUCGAGACUUUACUGGAAGAUUUGUGGUGUCAUUGCCGAAGAAACCAGAUGUUCUGGACAAGUUGGGAGAUUCUCGUUCCAUCGCAACUCGGCGCUUUUUGUCCCUGGAACGGCGGCUUCAGGCGAAUCCUUCACUGUUGGAGGCGUACACCGAUUUCAUACGGGAGUACGUUCAUCUAGGACACAUGGCACCGAUCGAUGCUAGCGCAGAAGUUCCCGGGCAGAAGUCCUAUUAUAUGCCUCACCAUUGCAUAGUUCGACCGGAGAGUGUCACGACGAAACUCCGCGUCGUCUUUGAUGCGUCGUGCCACACUGAUACUGGUGUGUCGUUGAACGACGCACUGAUGGUGGGUCCAGUUGUCCAGGACGACCUGUACAGCAUUAUCCUACGAUUCAGACUUCCUCGCUUCGUCAUCGUCGCUGAUUUGCAGAAAAUGUACCGGCAAGUGUUGGUGUCUCCGUCUGAUCGGCCCUUGCAACGUAUUCUGUUUCGAUCGUCACCAUCGGAACCUCUUCAAACCUUCGAAUUGCUGACGGUUACUUAUGGCACGGCGGCAGCUCCGUACCUGGCGACACGUUGUCUCCAGCAACUCGCCUUUGACGGCGAAUCGACUCACCCAAAGGCCGCAGAGGUGGUGUCAAAAGACUUCUACAUUGACGAUCUGCUUACGGGAGUAGCAUCGGAAGAAGAAGGUGUUGAACUUUGCCGAGAGCUGAUUGAUCUCUUGCAGUCGGCUGGAUUUAAGUUGCACAAAUGGGCAUCCAACAGUUCAGCAAUUCUACAGCAUAUUCCAGCAGAGUUUCGAGAAGAUCGAAGUCUGGUGGAGCUCGAUUCGUCAUCCUCGCCUGUGAAAACCUUGGGGCUGCUCUGGCAGCCAGACGAAGACGUCUUCCGCUUCAAAAUACCCACUUGGACCCAGGACGCUGCUAUAACCAAACGAUUGGUGCUUUCUGAGACAGCACGCUUAUUCGACCCUCUCGGCCUGUUGGGGCCAGUUGUACUACGCUCGAAACUUUUCAUGCAGGAGUUAUGGAAAGCGAAGGUUUUCUGGGACAAUCCGCUCAACGAUCGUCAACAGCAAUUCUGGAAAUCCUUCCGAAAUGAUCUCGAAAUUCUCGACGAGUUUACCGUUCCACGGUGGGCGGCAUCCUGUAACGAUCCAGUCUACGUAGAGCUGCAUGGGUUCAGUGACGCCUCCGAACGCGCAUACGGCGCGUGCAUCUACCUCCGCACAGUUUCGUCUAGCGGAAUCGUCUCGGUUCAUCUGCUUACAGCUAAGUCAAAAGUGGCUCCGACGGGAACCGAGAAAUUUGGUUCAACUAUUCGCUUACCGCGUUUAGAACUUUGUGGUGCUCUCCUACUCAGCCAUUUGUUCGAAAAAGUGGAAACUAGUCUUCGUAUCCAAGCCCGGUCUUUCUUCUGGACGGAUUCAACUAUUGUCGUCCACUGGUUGUCCGCUUCACCGUCUCGUUGGAAAACUUUUGUCGGCAACCGAGUGGCUGAAAUUCAGCAAAUCACCGCUGCUGGAAGCUGGAGACACGUUCCAGGCAUCGAUAACCCAGCAGAUGUCAUAUCCCGGGGAAUGUCUGCAUCGGAGCUUGUAGACAAUAUGCUGUGGUGGCAGGGACCACAGUGGUUGCAGCAACCCUACCUGUUCUGGCCCGCGUUAGUCAAAACCUCCGACGAUCACUUCAGUUCAGAGCAACUCCAGGAUAAACCCACGGUUUCGCUGCCUACAGUCGUCCAAAGUUCAAUAUUCGCCCUGAAAUCUUCUCUAUCCAGUCUAGUCAGAUUGGUAGCCUACAUACAGAGAUUCUGCUACAAUUCGAAGAUACGUAAUGUGUCUAGCCGCAGAUCCGGAGCCUUAACCACAGCAGAGUUGGACGAAGCGUUGUGUAGUUUGGCCAAACUUGCUCAACAGGAAUCGUUUCCGGAAGACCUGCACUCUAUCCGCACCACUGGUCAAGUGAAGUCAACGUCGAAGCUGAAAACUUUGUCUCCAGUUCUCGUCAAUGGUAUUCUUCGCACUAGAGGACGUCUCAACAAUGCAGCUGUCCCGUACGCUCAGAAGCAACCUAUAAUCUUGGACAACAAGCAUCCGUUCACGCUGUUAGUCGUUCGUCACUACCACCUUCGUCAACUACAUGCUGGACCGACUCUCCUGAUAGCAAGCGUUCGUGCGAAGUUCUGGCCUCUCCGGUUACGUGAUAUCGUGAGAAAGGUUACGCACGAGUGCGUUACCUGUUUUCGAAAUCGGCCAAGCUUCGCAGAACAAAUAAUGGCAGACUUGCCACCAGUUCGGGUAUCGCCAGCGUUGCCGUUCCUGAACGCUGGGGUGGAUUUCUGCGGACCUUUCUAUCUCCGACCUCCGACAAGGAAAGCUGCGCCGGUGAAAUCUUUUGUAGCUGUCUUCGUUUGUCUAUCAACCAAGGCAGUACACCUAGAGUUGGUAGGCAAUUUGUCAACCGACUCGUUUAUCGCUUCCCUGAAGAGGUUUGCUGCUCGCCGAGGAGUUCCGCAGACCAUUUACUGCGACAAUGCGACAAACUUUGUCGGCGCUCGCCGAAUACUGAACGAGUUCCUGAAUCUGUUUCGGACCCAGCAGAAUCGCCUGGAUAUAGAACGACAAUGCUCCGCUGAGGGCAUUCAGUUCUCGUUUAUUCCUCCGAGAUCGCCGCACUUCGGGGGAAUCUGGGAAGCAGCGGUUAAAUCCCUUAAGACCCAUCUCCGCCGCACUCUUGCAAACGCAAUGGUGACACCCGAGCAGUUUCACACAGUGCUUACGCAGACCGAGGCACUGCUCAACUCUCGACCGCUCACGCAGCUCAGCGAUUCCCCAGAAGACUUGGACGUCCUCACGCCAGGUCACUUUCUGGUACACCGACCGCUGACUGCAAUCCUGGAGCCCUCAUACGAAGAAGUUCCUUGCAACCGGCUUUCUCAGUGGCAGAUGACACAGGAGUUUGUCCGCCGCUUGUGGAAGCGAUGGUCCACCGAAUACCUAUCGGGGCUGCAACAGCGAACCCGAUGGACACACGAGCGAAACAACAUUCGCGUAGGAACUAUGGUUCUAGUUCGCGAUGACAAUCUGCCGCCGCAGAAGUGGCGUUUUGGCCGCGUAAUUGAAACGUUCCCUGGAAACGACGGACUCAUCCGGGUCGUCAACAUCCGAAUCAAGGACGGUAUCUUCAAGAGAGCCAUCACACGCGUGUGCGUUCUACCGAUUCCCGACAACUUACCCGAGGACCAGGAAACAGCGUAG